AUGGCCUCAUCCCUCUCGGGAAAAGUCAUCCCAAAGAACUCGCUUGAACUCGUCCCCGACUCCAAAAUCCCUCUCGUCAACCGCUUCAUCGCCCGUCGCCUCGCCGAAGAUGUGCAGAGCUCACCAGAUUCCCUCGACCACCUCCUCUCCUCACGCACAAAAAACCAAUCGACUUUAAAAAAGAUCUCCUCCACGGCCUUCGCACCUCUCCCCAACUCGAAGUUCUCUUUGGAAACGGUAACAGCCCUCGACCCAAUUAAAUCCAUCGCUCUCAACUCCGAAAUCCCUGCCACGCAGCGAGCCUCAGCUCUCAAAACCCUCACCAACGCUCAACACCCAGAACUCAAAGAGAUCGCCCUCCAACUCCUAAACGAAACUACCCACGUCUUUUUCAUGUUGAUCGCCACGCCUACCUCUCCCACCUCACCACUCAUCCCCAACACUCCCUCGCCCUCCUCGAAAAAAUUGCCGCCGGUGACAUUCCUAAAACAGAUCUCAGUCCCAUUCACGCAGGCCAAAAUUCUUGCCCACAACAACCCCGCCCUCACCCGAAAACUACACACCGCCUGGGGAAAUCAUCGCAGCACCCCAAAAGACAAGGCAGAGCUUAUCACUAAACUCAAAAACAAACUUAGCUUUCAAGCCUUAGCCCAAGCCGAUGCCAAAAAAGGCUCUGCUAUCUACAAAACGCACUGCGCCAGCUGCCACAAGCUCAAUGGCCAAGGUGGCACCAUCGGCCCCGACCUCACGGGCUCGAAUCGCAACAAUAUCGACUACCUCCUCCACAAUAUCAUCGACCCCUCCGCCGAUGUCUCUGCUGACUUCCUCAUCACCAACCUCACCCUUACCGACGGCCGUGCCCUCGCCGGCACUAUCACCCGGGAAACUCAAACCACCCUCACCCUCCAAACCCCCUUGUCAAAACUGAAGCAGCCCCCGGACUCCACCCUCACCGAUGUCCCCGAGCCUCAAAUCGGCUCGCGUGAUGUCAUGAUCAAGAUCGAUCGCACUGGCAUCUGCGGCACCGACCUUCACAUUUAUAAAUGGGAUGAAUGGGCUCAGAAAACUAUCCCCGUCCCCCUCGUUGUUGGACAUGAAUUUGUGGGCGAAAUUGUCGAAAACCGGAAAAGAAGUCGACUACCUUAAAGUCGGCGACAUCGUCAGUGGCGAGGGGACACCUCAUUUGCGGACGGCUGUAGAAACUGCCUCGCUGGACGCCGCCACUACUGUAGAGACACCGCCGGCGUCGGCGUCACCUCCCCUGGAGCCUUUGCCGAAUACCUAGCCCUUCCCGCCACCAACGUCUGGAAACUUGCGCCCGACAUCCCAAAAGACCUCGCCGCCAUCUUCGACCCCUUCGGGAACGCCACUCACACUGCCCUCACUUUUCCCCUUCUCGGUGAAGACGUCCUGAUCACCGGGGCUGGCCCCAUCGGCUGUAUGUCUGCCGCCAUUGCCAAGCACGCUGGCGCUCGCCACGUCGUCAUCACCGAUCUCGACGAACAACGCCUCGCCCUCGCCAAAACCCUUGGCGCCACUCGUGCCGUCAACGUCACUCAAGAAAAAAUCGCCGACGUCCAAAAGGAACUUGGCAUGAGAGGCUUCGAUGUUGGUCUAGAAAUGUCGGGCAACAAACACGCCUUCAAUGAUCUCAUCCAAACGAUGAUGCACGGCGGGAAAAUCGCCCUCCUCGGCAUCCCCGAGCCUGGCGUCUCAAUCGACUGGAACCGCGUCGUUUUCCACUCCCUCACCAUUAAAGGCAUCUACGGUCGCCUCAUGUAUGAGACCUGGUAUCAAAUGACCUCCAUGAUCCAGUCCGGCCUCGACAUCUCCCCCGUCAUCACUCACCGCUUCGACUACACCGACUACGAAAAAGGCUUCGCUGCCAUGUCAGAAGGAUCUUGCGGAAAAGUCCUUCUACAGUGGUAA